CAUUAUUUCUAACAAUUGAUAUAUACAUAAUAUUCGUCAAAAGUACGUAUUGAUGAUAUCAAGUCUCAAUGAUUUUUCAGUUUUGCGAAAACCUUGUAACAUUUUAAUAAUAUCUUUAAUAACAAAUAAGAAUGUAUAUAUUCAUGAAAUUCGCAUGCAAAUUUCUUCGCGCAGUCUCGGACUACUGAUUGUGGUCAUUAAGAGCAUUAUGUACACUUACGUCGUCAAGACGACGCAUCGACUCUCUUUUACGUUUAACAAAACGUGUACUUGUCCAAUACAUGUCUCGCUGGCAACGAUCUUCGAACAAAAAUCGCUUCUACCGAAAAUGUCUUUGCAUUCGACGCCGAUCCUGUAUUUAAAUAUGGGUGGUGAAAUGCUGUACGUUUUACGACAAAGGCUGAAGGCGCAAAAGAUCGACAUUGAUAAGACGAUACAAGUAUUGAACGAUGUAACAGCCGCUUUACUCAAUCCUAAGAUACUGUCGUCAAUUUUCGAGGUGUCCCCGAUGAUGGGAAUGCCACAACUGCGCGCCACUUUGGAAAGCGUCGCUCUUUCAUCUAUCAUGAAGCUAGACAAAAGCAGUAUGGACAAACUGUUCGAUCUGAUGACUAUGAUGGUCAAGUAUCAAUUGACAGCAGCUACCGGACCCAGAGAAGUCAUUCUCAUCACUCUGAAUCACAUAGACGCAAUGCGCGACAUGGUCGGCGAUGUGAAUACGCAAAAAUGCAUCAGCAUGGCGCACCAGAUGAUCGUUAACGUGAGUACGGUAUUUAGUUUAGCGAUAUUCAAUUUAACGAGAUGUUCACUUUUCAAAGCGCAGUUUUACGGUUGUCUGACCUUCGACGAGGUUUGGAACGCGCGACAGAGUUGUCUGAAGGAAUUGGAGCCAUGCAACGUGCGUGUCUCAAUACUUCUACGACGUGGUCUACAAAAUGAUGAUGCUACCUUCAACGUAAUACCUCAGAAAUACGAUGAGAAAUAUACGGAACACAGGAACACUAUGGCUACUAUGAAAAUAAAAGACGUGAGUCCUGAAACAUGCUGCGGUGGAUCCUUCGAUAGCUUCGGUGACAGAAAAACGUUAUUGGGCAAAAAUAUAUAUCUGCCAACAUAUGGCAUAACGGAAGGUGCAAGACGAGAUAGCCAACAGUUCUUAAGAGACUGCGGCGCGAAAGCCGAGUUAGGUAUGUUGGCUGUUCAAUUAGGAACCGAAGAGACUAAUUACGAGAGACCGUUCACGCUUAAUUUAUUGUCAAAUAUGGACGAAGAGACUGUAAAUAACGCAAAUAGAGAAAUCGAUACCGAGGAAAACAACAUUAAACGAAAUAACGCGGGAAACGAAAAACCGAAAUUGAAUGAGGAUUAUAAAGCCAAACUUAAUACAGUAUACGCAGAUUUUUUCGAAGACGAACAGGAAGGAUUAAAACGCAGUAUGGAUUUGCUCGAUCUUCUUGAUGAAAUUGAAUAAUUUAAGAUCCUGAUUGAGAUGAAUAAUAUAUUGCAAUUAUUUUUCCUAUAUUUUCUUGCAUCUUUUUACACCAAUAUUUAUAUUAGAAAUAAAUAUUCCUAUAUGAAAAA